AGGAGAAUUUCCAGCAGCGGAGGAUAUCAAAAAUAAACCCCCCUCGUGUCCAGAGAAGAGCAGAAAGUAAAAAUACCCCCGAUGUGUCCGGACCGGCGCUCCUGAGAGGCACAACAAGAGAAACAGAAAGGACCGCUCAGACAUUAAAUACGGACACCCUUUGACCACGACUGGCUAAGAGGGGGGUGCAAACAAAUCACUUUACCUUCGGAGAGAUCUUAUUGGAGGAGACGCACUACACACCAGAGAUAAAGGACACACAUUGUAAUAAAAGCGUUCCAGAGCAGAAGAUGCGUUCCGCUGUGCGCUUCACCUUGGCGCUGCUGUGCGUAACGCGCGCGGCGCUCUGCGCCCCGUUUGAGUCUGAGGAUGUUGUACCUGUUCGGAUGAACGGGAGGACCAGCGGCCGCUUUUGGAAAAGAAGCGAGGAACAGCCGAUUUUUACCCUCAGCGCAUUUGGCAAGGAGCUGACCCUGAAUCUGAUCCCAGACACAGGCUUCAUCGCGCCGUCCUUCACGGUGCAGCGCGUCCUGCGCGGCGCUCCAGGUGCCCGUCCCGCGGUGGAUCUCCGGACGGAGGAGGGCGACGGACGGCUCAGGGGUUGCUUCUACUCGGGGACGGUGGAUGACGACCGGAGCUCGGUGGUGGCCGUCAGUUUGUGCUCCGGCGUCUCGGGCUCCUUCAUAACGGAGGGGAACGAGUAUUUCAUUGAGCCCAAACUUCGCGGGGUCCCGGGUCCAGAUUCUGCAGAGCAGCUGCAUGUCGUCAGGAGGAGGACAUUCACCGAGAGCCUCGGCGUUCCCCUCCCGUUCGAUCAAGAGACGGCGGCGGAGGAUGAGCCGCCCAAGGGGGGACGUUUUACGCAGGGCCACGGUGACGCACGGAGGGCACCUCGCCGGAGACGCUUUAUUUCUGCGCCUCGGUUCAUAGAGACGCUGGUGGUGGCGGAUUCAACCAUGGCCCACUUCUAUGGAGAUGAAGUAAAGCACUACAUUCUGACCCUGAUGUCAAUGGCCGCCCAGCUUUACAAGCACCCCAGCAUAAAGAACUCGGUGAGCCUGGUGGUGGUGAAGAUGUUGGUGGUGGAGGACGAGGAGGUCGGCCCGGAGCUCUCCAGCAACGGGGGGGUGGCUCUGAGGAACUUCUGCUCCUGGCAGCAGCUCUUCAACCCGACCAGCCAGAGGCGGCCGGAACACUACGACACGGCCAUGCUCUUCACCAGAGAGGACAUCUGCGAACAGAAGAGCUGCGACACGCUGGGCAUGGCCGAGGUGGGGACGAUGUGCGACCCCAAGAAGAGCUGCUCGGUCAUCAAGGACAACGGCCUGCAGGCCGCCUUCACCGCCACGCACGAGCUCGGUCACGUGUUGAGCAUGCCCCACGACGACUCCAAGACCUGCGAGAACCUGUUUGGAGAUCUGGGCAAGCAUUCCCUGAUGGCUCCCCUGUUCGUCAGCCUCAACAAGUCAGCGCCGUGGUCUCCCUGCAGCGCUCUCUACGUCACGGAGUUCUUCGACAACGGACACGGAGACUGCCUGCUGGACGUCCCAGACAGCGCCAUGCCGCUACCCAGGGAGCCGCCGGGCGCCAAGUACAGCCUGGAUCAGCAGUGCCAGCAGAUGUUCGGCGAGGACUUCGUCCAGUGUCCCAACACCUCGGACAGCGACGCCUGCAGCCAGCUGUGGUGCCAGGAGGACGGAACGCUGCAGUGCUCCACCAGGAACGGCAGCCUGCCCUGGGCCGACGGCACGCCCUGCGGCCUCAACGGGACCUGCCUCCACGGGGCGUGCCUGCCGCCCGCCGCGCCGCCGGUGGCUGUGGAUGGCGGCUGGAGCUCGUGGGGGCCGUGGCAGCGCUGCUCCAGAUCAUGCGGCGGGGGGGUGGAGUUCUCCGAAAGGGAGUGCGCCGACCCGGUGCCUCUGAACGGGGGGAGGUACUGCAAAGGACAGAGGCUCCAGUACCAGUCCUGCAACACGCAUCCCUGUGGCGACAACAACGGGAAGAGCUUCAGACAGGAGCAGUGUGAGAAGUACAACAGCCCCGGCUACCUGGACUUCAGAGGCAACGUCAAACAGUGGAUCCCAAAGUACGCCGGGGUCCCCCCCAGGGACCGGUGCAAGCUCUCCUGCAGGGCCAGAGGCAGCAGUGAAUACCAGGUGUUUGAGUCCAAGGUGAUCGACGGGACGACCUGCGGCCCCGACACCACGUCGGUGUGUGUCCGCGGCCAGUGUGUGAAGGCCGGCUGCGACCAGGUGAUCGGCUCCAACAAGAGGCUGGACAAGUGCGGGGUGUGCGGAGGGAGCGGGCUCACCUGCAGGAAGAUCACGGGCUCGUACAACAAAGCCAGUUUUGGAUACAGCGACAUCGUCACGAUCCCCGUUGGCGCCACAAACAUUGACAUCAAGCAGCGCAGCCACGGGGGGAUCGAACACGACGGAAACUACCUGGCCAUAAAGAGGGAGAGCGGCGGGUACAUCCUCAACGGAAACUUCUCCCUGUCCAUGGGGGAGCAGGACAUUCCCGUGCUGGGCGCCGUGCUGAGGUACAGCGGCUCCUCCACCACGCUGGAGAGGAUCCAGAGCUUCAGGGGCCUGAGGGAGGUCAUCACCGUGCAGCUCCUGGCCACCGCCUGGAACGCCAACCCUGCCAAGGUCAAAUACACCUUCUUCAUCCCCCGGGACGCGACCUUCAACAGGUCCAAGGAGAGGAAGAGCUCGGCGCCGUCCCUGCACGUCAUCCAUCCGUUCGGCGUGGCCGACUGGCAGCUGGGGGAGUGGUCCGAGUGCUCCAAGAGCUGCGGCUCCGGCUGGUCCAGGAGGAGCGUGGAGUGCCGGGACGCCGCGGGCUUCCUGUCCGACCACUGCGACCGAGACCUGAAGCCCGGGGACAUCCGGCCCUGCGGGGACCUGCCGUGCCCCAUGUGGCAGAUGGGGCCGUGGUCCGUCUGCUCCAGAACUUGUGGCCAGGGCGAGCGCCGCCGCAGCGUCUUCUGCACAGACUACACCGGGAAGAGCGUCGGACCGGAGAAGUGCGACCCAGGCAAAGUCCCACAGCCCGUCUCCGGAGAAUGUCCCAACCCGGAGUGCUUGUGAAGGAC